UGGUGACAAGUGGGGCGCUAGACUGAUAGAAGCCAAAAUGGCGGACUUCGAAGAUCGGGUAUCGGAUGAGGAGAAAGUUCGUAUUGCUGCAAAAUUUAUCACUCAUGCACCUCCAGGGGAAUUCAAUGAAGUGUUUAAUGAUGUUCGUUUGCUGCUCAACAAUGACAAUCUCCUCAGGGAAGGGGCAGCCCAUGCAUUUGCACAGUAUAACAUGGAUCAGUUCACUCCAGUGAAGAUAGAAGGAUAUGAUGAUCAGGUCUUAAUCACAGAACAUGGUGACCUUGGUAACAGCCGAUUUUUAGACCCAAGGAACAAGAUUUCCUUUAAAUUUGAUCAUUUGAGGAAGGAAGCAAGCGAUCCUCAACCAGAAGACAUAGAUGCAUCACUAAAGUCAUGGAGGGAUGCCUGUGAUAAUGCAUUAAGAGCUUAUGUGAAAGAUCAUUAUCCACAUGGCUUUUGUACUGUUUAUAGUAAAACUAUAGAUGGACAGCCAACAGUUAUAGCUUGCAUUGAGAGUCACCAGUUUCAACCCAAAAACUUUUGGAAUGGACGCUGGAGAUCAGAAUGGAAAUUUACCAUUACUCCACCUACAGCUCAAGUGAUUGCAGUGCUCAAGAUCCAGGUGCAUUAUUAUGAAGAUGGUAAUGUGCAGCUGGUUAGCCACAAAGACAUACAGGAGUCUGUAGCAGUUUUGAACGAUGUCCAAACAGCAAAAGAAUUUAUUAAAAUCAUAGAACAGGCAGAAAAUGAGUAUCAGACAGCAAUCAGUGAAAAUUAUCAGACAAUGUCAGAUACCACAUUCAAAGCCUUGCGUCGCCAGCUACCAGUCACCCGUACUAAAAUUGAUUGGAACAAAAUCCUCAGCUACAAGAUUGGCAAAGAAAUGCAGAAUGCCUAAGAGUAGAGGUGCUGUAAGAAAUAUUAGCAUGCAAAAUAAACAGAGCAAAUAUGGUCCUUUGCCAAGUAGGUGGGCUUCCUGAAAUUGGCAUUUGUCUCGGGCUUUUGGCAUUAACAGGUUUUAUAGCCUUACAAACUGUUAAGAGACAUAAUAUUUUGUUUGUGUAUGUUCCUGCCUUGAAACAUCUGGUGUAAGAGUUCAGUGCAUUUCUUAGUAGGCUUACUUAGUAUAGCCACUUUGGGAUCAGUGCUAUCAGUCCUUGUAUUUGCUAAAAAGUGUCUUCGCUAAAAGAGUCUUUCUAGAAAUUCAGGCUGGUAAUAUUGGACUUACAGUCCCAGUACUUUUGCCAGCACAGGUAUUAUAUUCAAUUUAAUAGAAAUGCUGGCAGCUUUAUGGUGUUGCUUUACACCAGAUACAACUUUCCCUUGCUUGUCUCCCCUCAAAACUGCCAAUCACUAACUAGCAAUAUCUUCUAGGCUUACCUUUUUCAUGUUUGCAAAGUGUUUACAAGACUCUUCCCAGAAAUGCCAAGAAGGCCAGGUCUUCUUAAAUGCUGUUUUGGGGGGUGAUUGUUUUUGUUUUUAAAUCCAAAGACUUGAGUCUCAUUUUCUUCGAGUAAACUAUUUUUCUCAUUUGUAUUCCUGGAAGUACAGUUAAUAUAAAUAUCUGCAUUUUUACUGGAUGGGUCCUCCAUUUUUCUUAAUACUUGUCUGCUGCUCGGAUACUUGUUUAGAUAGAGAAGAAAUUACAGAAAUGAAAUGCUGUAAAUGUUUAAAUAUUGGAUUUAUUGUGCUUUAAUGCUUUGUGGCAAGCUGAUGGUAUUUGCAUCAGAAUUGUAUGAAUGAACAUGUCUAAGUGAGUCAAUAAAAUGUUUGCACCAGGGCA